ACGUCCCCGCCUCUCUUUUUCCCAUCUGUGAGCCUGCGCAGCCGGCUUAACAUUGCGCAUGCGCUGAUCCUGAUUCAGUCAUACCGUGUGUCCCGGGCGCCGCUGGCGGAGUCUCCUCAGGACACAGAUUUGGUUGGAUUGGAGAGAGAGAGGCCCGGGACAGUCAGACAGCCAACAUGGCGCAGAUAUUGCCUAUCCGUUUUCAGGAGCACAUGCAGCUCCAGAAUCUGGGGAUCAACCCAGCCAACAUUGGUUUUAGCACACUUACAAUGGAAUCGGAUAAAUUUAUAUGCAUCCGGGAGAAGGUUGGAGAACAGGCACAGGUGGUUAUCAUAGAUAUGGCUGAGCCCAACACCCCACUGAGACGCCCUAUCUCAGCUGAAAGUGCUAUAAUGAACCCUGCCUCCAAAGUCAUUGCACUGAAAGACGCUGGGAAAACUCUUCAGAUUUUCAACAUAGAAAUGAAGAGCAAAAUGAAAGCUCAUACUAUGUCAGAAGAGGUCAUCUUUUGGAAGUGGAUAUCGGUCAACACUGUUGCCCUGGUGACAGAGACAGCAGUUUACCACUGGAGCAUGGAGGGUGACUCCCAGCCUCAGAAAAUGUUUGAUCGCCAUGCCAGUCUUGCUGGUUGCCAGAUCAUCAACUAUAGGACUGAUGAACAACAAAAAUGGCUUCUCCUGAUUGGAAUCUCUGCUCAGCAAAACAGAGUGGUGGGUGCAAUGCAGCUUUAUUCUGUAGACAGGAAAGUCUCGCAGCCGAUAGAAGGCCAUGCUGCUGCAUUUGCUGAAUUUAAGAUUGAAAGAAACUCCAAACCUUCUACACUUUUCUGCUUUGCUGUUCGUGGGCAAGCAGGAGGCAAGUUGCACAUUAUAGAAGUUGGGCAACCUGCCAAUGGGAACCAGCCUUUUACUAAGAAAGCUGUAGAUGUAUUCUUUCCUCCUGAGGCCCAGACUGACUUUCCUGUGGCAAUGCAGAUUGGUACUAAGCAUGGAGUGAUAUAUUUAAUCACAAAGUAUGGCUACAUCCACAUGUAUGACCUGGAAUCUGGAGUCUGUAUCUACAUGAAUCGUAUUAGUGCUGACACCAUCUUUGUCACAUCUCCUUAUGAACCAACCUCAGGAAUCCUUGGAGUCAAUAAAAAAGGACAGGUCCUAUCUGUCUGUGUGGAAGAAGAAAAUAUUGUGAAUUAUGCAACCAGUGUCCUGCAAAACCCAGACCUGGGUUUGCGCAUGGCUGUUCGUAGUAACCUUCCAGGGGCUGAGGAAUUAUUCGCAAGAAAAUUUAAUACCAUGUUUGCUCAAGGGAAUUACUCAGAGGCUGCUAAAGUAGCAGCUUCUGCCCCAAAGGGAAUUCUGCGUACAGCUGAAACUAUCAGAAAGAUCCAGGCAGUGCCAGCUCAACCUGGGCAGGCUUCUCCAUUGCUACAGUAUUUUGGGAUUCUCCUUGAUCAGGGGCAGCUGAACAAACUGGAAUCAUUAGAGCUCUGCAGGCCAGUCUUGCAACAGGGCCGUAAGCAACUCUUGGAAAAGUGGUUAAAAGAAGAUAAGCUUGAGUGUUCUGAAGAGCUUGGAGACUUGGUGAAGGCAGUAGACCCAACUCUUGCUCUAAGUGUUUACCUGCGUGCCAAUGUGCCAAGCAAAGUGAUACAGUGCUUUGCAGAAACAGGGCAGUUCCAGAAGAUUGUGCUUUAUGCUAAAAAGGUUGGGUACACCCCAGACUGGAUUUUCCUUCUGCGUAGUGUAAUGCGAAUAAGUCCAGACCAGGGACUACAAUUUGCACAGAUGCUUGUUCAGGAUGAAGAGCCGCUGGCAAAUAUCAACCAAAUUGUGGAUGUUUUCAUGGAGAACAGUCUGAUCCAACAGUGUACUUCAUUCCUGCUUGAUGCUCUCAAAAACAAUAGGCCAUCUGAAGGCCACCUCCAGACUCGGCUUCUAGAGAUGAAUUUGAUCCAUGCUCCACAGGUAGCAGAUGCAAUCCUGGGGAACCAGAUGUUUACUCAUUAUGAUCGGGCCCACAUUGCCCAGCUGUGUGAAAAAGCUGGACUACUUCAAAGAGCUCUAGAGCAUUAUACAGACCUUUACGACAUCAAACGGGCAGUGGUGCACACACACCUUCUAAAUGCAGAAUGGCUGGUAAAUUUUUUUGGCUCCUUGUCGGUGGAAGAUUCUGUUGAGUGCAUUCGAGCCAUGCUGUCUGCCAACAUUCGGCAGAAUCUACAACUUUGUGUUCAAGUGGCAUCUAAGUACCAUGAGCAACUUGGGACCGAGUCAUUGGUUGAGCUUUUCGAGUCAUUCAAGAGUUAUGAAGGUCUCUUCUACUUUCUGGGAUCGAUUGUCAAUUUCAGCCAAGAUCCUGAUGUCCACUUUAAGUACAUCCAGGCAGCCUGCAAAACAGGGCAAAUAAAAGAAGUAGAACGGAUAUGCAGGGAGAGUAACUGCUACAACCCAGAGCUUGUCAAAAAUUUUCUAAAGGAGGCUAAACUCACAGAUCAGCUUCCACUAAUUAUUGUCUGUGACCGGUUUGAUUUUGUCCAUGACUUGGUCCUGUAUCUCUACCGUAACAGCCUCCAGAAAUACAUUGAAAUUUAUGUUCAAAAGGUAAACCCUAGCCGUAUCCCCGCUGUUGUAGGAGGGCUGCUGGAUGUGGACUGUUCUGAAGAUGUCAUAAAAAAUCUGAUAAUGGUGGUACAUGGGCAGUUCUCCACUGAUGAGUUAGUGGCAGAAGUGGAGAAAAGAAACAGGCUGAAAUUACUUCUUCCGUGGCUAGAAUCCCGAAUCCAUGAGGGAUGUGAGGAGCCAGCUACACAUAAUGCUCUAGCAAAAAUCUAUAUUGAUAGCAAUAACAACCCAGAACGCUUCCUUCGGGAGAACCCCUACUAUGACAGCUGCGUUGUGGGCAAGUACUGUGAAAAAAGAGACCCCCACCUUGCCUGUGUGGCAUAUGAGAGAGGACAGUGUGACCUUGAGCUCAUUAAGGUUUGCAAUGAAAACUCAUUGUUCAAAAGUGAGGCCCGUUACCUUGUACGUAGAAAAGAUGCUGAACUGUGGGCAAGUGUCCUAGAAGAAAACAAUCCAUUUAGGAGGCAAUUGAUUGAUCAGGUGGUGCAAACUGCUCUGUCUGAGACACAAGACCCUGAAGAGGUGUCGGUGACUGUGAAGGCAUUCAUGACUGCUGAUCUCCCCAAUGAGCUUAUUGAGCUUCUGGAGAAAAUAGUGCUGGAUAAUUCAGUUUUUAGUGAGCACAGAAACUUGCAAAAUCUGCUAAUUCUGACAGCAGUUAAAGCUGACCGAACUCGAGUGAUGGAAUACAUCAACCGUUUAGAUAACUAUGAUGCCCCUGACAUUGCCAAUAUAGCCAUCAGCAACCAGCUUUUUGAGGAAGCUUUUGCCAUAUUCAGGAAAUUCGAUGUGAACACAUCUGCAAUCCAAGUUUUGAUUGAGCACAUAGGGAAUCUGGACCGAGCGUAUGAGUUUGCUGAGAAGUGUAAUGAGUCGGCUGUAUGGAGUCAGUUAGGCCGAGCUCAGCUCCAGAAGGACCUUGUUAAGGAAGCUAUAGACUCUUACAUCAAAGCCAAUGAUCCUUCAUCUUAUAUGGAAGUUGUACAGGCUGCAAGUAGGAACAGUAACUGGGAAGACUUGGUAAAAUUUUUGCAGAUGGCAAGAAAGAAGGCCAGAGAAUCUUACGUAGAGACUGAACUUAUUUUUGCAUUGGCAAAAACAAAUCGUCUGUCUGAGCUUGAGGAGUUUGUCAGUGGCCCUAACAAUGCCCACAUUCAGCAGGUGGGAGACCGCUGUUAUGAAGAAGGCAUGUAUGAUGCGGCCAAGCUGCUCUAUAAUAAUGUAUCUAAUUUUGCUCGUUUGGCAUCUACGUUGGUACAUCUUGGGGAAUAUCAGGCUGCUGUGGACAGUGCAAGAAAAGCCAAUAGCACCCGCACUUGGAAGGAGGUGUGUUUUGCUUGUGUGGAUGGAACAGAGUUCCGCCUGGCUCAAAUGUGUGGCCUGCACAUUGUGAUUCAUGCAGAUGAACUAGAAGAGCUGAUCAGUUAUUACCAGGACCGUGGAUAUUUUGAAGAGCUCAUUGCUCUAUUAGAAGCAGCAUUGGGUUUGGAACGAGCUCACAUGGGAAUGUUCACUGAACUGGCCAUUCUGUACUCUAAGUUUAAACCUCAGAAGAUGCGGGAGCAUUUAGAACUUUUCUGGUCACGUGUCAACAUUCCCAAGGUACUGCGAGCAGCUGAGCAGGCCGAUCUUUGGGGUGAACUGGUCUUCCUAUAUGAUAAAUAUGAGGAAUAUGAUAAUGCCAUUAUCACUAUGAUGAACCAUCCAACCAGCGCAUGGAAGGAGGGACAAUUUAAGGAUAUUGUUACCAAGGUUGCCAAUGUUGAGCUGUAUUACAAAGCCCUGCAGUUUUACAUGGAAUACAAACCUCUUUUAAUCAAUGACCUCCUCAUAGUAUUAUCUCCACGUCUAGACCAUACUCGGACGGUCAAUUUUUUUUUCAAGGUCAAUCAGCUGCCCCUGAUUAAGCCAUACCUGCGUUCAGUGCAAACCCACAACAACAAGUCUGUAAAUGAGGCUCUCAAUAAUCUCCUAACUGAAGAGGAGGAUUAUCAGGGUUUGAGAGCAUCCAUUGAUGCCUAUGAUAACUUCGAUAAUAUCAGCCUGGCCCAACGACUGGAAAAACAUGAGCUGAUUGAAUUUCGCAGAAUUGCCGCUUAUCUGUACAAGGGGAACAACCGUUGGAAGCAGAGUGUAGAACUGUGCAAAAAGGAUCAGCUGUAUAAGGAUGCCAUGCAGUAUGCUGCGGAAUCUAAGGAUACUGAACUGGCUGAAAAGCUGUUACAGUGGUUUUUGGAAGAAGGGAAGCACGAGUGUUUUGCUGCCACUCUGUUCACUUGUUAUGACUUGCUGCAUGCAGAUAUUGUGCUGGAGCUUGCCUGGAGACACCAUAUUAUGGAUUUUGCAAUGCCUUACUUCAUCCAAGUCAUGAGAGAAUAUCUCACUAAAGUGGACAAGCUGCAUGCUGCAGAAAGUCUGAGGCAGGAAGCAGAACAGGUUACAGAACCUACCCCAAUUGUUUUUGGUCAGCAGUUGAUGCUUACAGCAGGCCCUAAUGGUGUGGUGCCACCUCAACCUAACUUCCCCUAUGGAUAUGCUGCACCCACCAACUUCACCCAGCCUCCUCCACCCUCUGUCUCUCCUGGCUAUGGCUUUAACAUGUAGCCUCCAAGGAUCCCCUGAUCUUUCACCUAGUUUAAACCUUGAAGCCCUCUUAAACCUGAGUUGACUGCAGUUCAUCUUGGACACCUUUAUUUAUUACAUUUGCUCUUACAGACUAUUAUCCAAAAACGGCAGCUUUUUAGCAAGUCACAACCAUAAUAUCUUGAAAAGUGUUUUUAUUUCCUUGGGGGUUUUUUUUGUAUAAAAGGGAAUGGCCUUGAUUUAGCAGCACUAAUUUCAAGAUUAUUCCAUAUGUUAAUGGAGCAACCAUUCUGUACUGUAAACUACUGCUCAUGAAGCGUUGCAGCACUGUAUCUACACUAAUGCCCUUCUCGACCACUGCUUUUAUUCACGUAUCCAAAUUCCAAAGUUUAAAACAGUCAUGGCAAACUGAAACUGCUGCUACAUCCUGAGUCAGUCAAUUUAAACCCAAUUCUGUUUAUUCCUAUGACACCAGUAGAAAAGCAUCCCUGAUUGUGUCCAUAUCAUUGAGAAGGAAGGCCAUAUUAAGAACCAGAGAAGCAAGGGUUUGAGGCAUGGAGACAAGAAAAGAGUGUAGAUAACAUUUAUUGUAAAGAGUAGCAUUGACAUGAGUGCAGAGAUCUAUACUCUUGUUAUCAUACCCUACUAUGUACAACAAAAUAUGGUACGGAAUGUUUUUAAAAGGUUUGUGCCUUUUAUGCCUUUUAUCUUUUGUCCUGAUACAUUUUACAUUAAUAAUCAUGUUGGGUUUCCUGUAAUCAUGUCAGAUUUAUUAGUCAAGCUGAUUUACUGGAGAAAAAAAAUGUAUUUUGUCUCCUACUAUUUGGCAUUUGUAUCUGUGCAUAUGGACAGGCAAGACCUGGGUUAUCUGCCAUGGUUUCUUUCGAGUUUCAUGUCUAUAUAAAGAGCUGGGUGCUAUUUUGACAUUCAGCUUUAGCUAUGAACCUAGUCUUCUGUAGCCUCUGUUGCUGUAUCCAAGCUCCUUACUGCACUGCAGUAUUGUACACUACAUUUCAUGUAUUUUCUCAGACUGCAGUUUUUCAAGUCUCUUGAUUGAGCAUUCCAGGCCCUAUCUAGAGAAACACUGAAUUAAGUUACAGUUAGUGUUACUCAACUUUUGCCAGAUUGAAUGCCGAAUCCCCAUGCUCUUCUAUUUCUGCUCUCUAUGAGUGGGGAAACUUUUUUUUGGUCAACAUUUUCCUGGAUCAGGUCUUUUGUUGUCCCCAUAACCUAUACAGUGGAAUCAUUCAUACAAUUCUACUCCGUCUUUUCUGGUUUAUUUGUUGUUCUGCUGUUUAAAGGUAAACUAAAGCUAACAUUCAAUUGGAAAGCUAUGCAUCUAUAAAUAAUCUGUUAGUUACUAAAAUGAAAAAAAAAAAAUAGCACAAAUAUGUCACAGAGAAAUCUGUCAUCAAUGUCAAUAUAUUUCAAAUAUCUUAAUAUAUAAUAAACCAAUCAGAUACAGAAUUGCGUUUUCAGCCGAAUACUGAGAAGACAAUUGUGGAGGGUUGUAGUACAACAUACUCCUCUAUAGCUAUGAGGGAUUGUUGACUUUUUUUUGCAGACUGAGCUGGAAUCUGUGACUACUUGGUAAAGACAGAAAUUGUUACAAUUUAACAGUACUGUUAUCUCAUUGAUCUGUACAAAGAAAAAAAUGUGUGCUUUCUAACCGCUUGCACAUUUCAUGUGCUGCUUUUCAUCUGCUGGGUGAAGCUUUCUGCUUCUUAAACACAAGUACCCCAGCAAUAUGCAGCUGCUCAGGAGGUGGCUAUUGCAAUGGAACACUUCUCCCUAUUUGCUGGGGAAAAAACAAUGCAUGAUAAUGCAGAUAUUACUAGUGCUCUACAUUUGUUGGUAAUAUGAAAAGCAUUCAAAGCAAUCUGUAUUUUAGCGAUAGUUUUCCUUUAAAAAUAACUUAUUUUUUUUCUACAUCAAGCCAGCAUGUGCCAAAUGUUUUUUUCUGUAGAUGUUAUACUAUGUGUUUUGUGCAUUAAAAAAUACAUAUAUAUUA